AGUGGAGCCUCUCCUUUGUUAUAUAGCACUGGGUGUACCUAGUGCUUUUUUCACUUCUUUUUUAUGAUCCAAGUAUUGUGGUUGGUGACCUUGGCUUAUUCUUUAGCUAAGUGUCACACCGAAGAACUGUUGCUUAUGUUUGUUUGGCUUCUCCUCCUCUUUGUACCCCAUUCCCUAUUUGUCUUUUGUGCCAACUUUUAAAGGGCAGAUGGAAAAUAGGGAGGUCUCAGAUUCUAUUGCUUAGUCAGGAAAUCUGCAAACCUAUAGGAGAAAGCCUGAAAUGGUCCAAAGGUUAAUCAGGUUGUUCUAGACCGGCGGCUAAGGAAAUAUGGAAGUGCUGAAUCCACGCAGUGUCCUCGUGACGGGAUGUAAUCGGGGCAUCGGCUUGGAGAUGAUCAAACAGCUGGCUGAGAAAAGCAACCCACCACAAUGGAUCUUUGCAACCUGCCGGGAUCCAGAGGGACCACGUACUCAGGAUUUGAGGAAUCUGGCUGCUCAACACCAGGAAAUUGUGAUCAUCCCACUGAACAUUACCGAUCCAUCCAGUAUCAAGUCAGCUGUAACCAUGGUCACAGAGCGGCUGAGUGGAACUGGGUUGCAUCUGCUGAUCAACAAUGCAGCAGUUGGCUCCAAUAAUUCCAAACUGGAAUUUCAAACGCCUGAAGAAAUGGCUGAAGUCUACAAAACCAACGUCAUUGGGCCCAUGAUGAUUAGCCAGGCAUUCCUGCCUUUGCUGAGAAAGGCAUCUCAGGAAAGUCCUAAGAAAGGGAUGAGCUGCAGCAAAGCCUCCAUUGUCAACAUGUCCAGUCAUGCAGGUUCCAUCACAGACGUUUACCUGUGGAAGUACGGACAGGUUCUUCCUUACCGUUGCAGCAAGGCCGCUCUGAAUAUGCUGACACGCUGCCAAUCGUUGGCGUAUAGCGAGGAUGAGAUUCUGUGUGUCACAUUGCAUCCGGGAUGGGUGAUCACCGACAUGGGAGGCAGUAUGGCUGAAAUGACAGCGGAAUCAAGUGUAGCAGCUAUCCUAAAACUUCUGGCUCAUCUUUCUGAGAAGGACUCUGGCACUUUUCUCAACUGGGAAGGGAAAGUCCUUCCAUGGUGAACAACCGAACAGUCCUCUUGUUUGAGGAAUUGGACAAUCCUCUUACUCGGGGCAAUGUAAAUAUUUAUCUUGCAUUAUUUGUUAAUUACAUGAACUUUUGUCCCCCAAAUUGUCUUGGCUGGUUCUUCUUCUUUUUAGCUGCCCUGGUUGCUAAAUUCAUGAGACUGGAAACAUCUCACUAGUUUAAUAUUUUCAACCUGAACGGUGGAAGGCUUUGAGGCACUUACCAAUGGACUCUUUCAGGAAUUAAUCCAGACUGCAAAAGAGAGA